CUUCCGCAUUAGUUGCGCGUCUGGUUUCCGAAGGCGGCAUAGCUGCUGCUGCAGCCCGAGCUGUAUAAGAGAACUUUCACCAACAAAUCCAACUUUCUGCCUUCACAGCAGACACGCAGCUCUCUCCGUGCGUCAGGACGCAGCAUGUCUCAGCCGCAGCGAUUACGGGAUGAAAGUGACUUUGAUCAGCUGCCAGGCAACAUUCCUGUCAGUGCCACCAUUGCUGACACUGAGGAGAAAAGGGGUUUUAUUGACUACUUUAGGUUUGUUAUUGAGGUAAAAACUAAAGGAGGAAGCAAGUAUCUGAUCUACAGGAGGUACAAGGAGUUCUUUAACCUCCACCAAACUCUGGAGGCGAAAUACUCACCGGGUGACUUAGAGAGACCCGGUCCAAACACCUGUGUCCUGCCUUCUCUUCCAGGAAAGAUCUACAUUGGAAACAAACAGGAGAUUGCAGAGAGCAGAAUCCCUGAACUCAACACGUACAUGAAGAGAUUGUUGCAUUUGCCCGCAUGGCUGCUGCUCGAUGAGACUCUGAGGAUUUUUUUCUACCAAACUGACGAGGACAGUCAGAUACAACCAAGGGCCCUCAGACGUCUCCGCCCGCCUACCCGUAAAGUAAAAACUGUUGAACCACAGAAGAUGGACCUCUUUUCCUCCCCCAGGGCUGAGGCAAUGUUCGACUUUCGCGGGAACAGCAAGGCGGAGUUGAACCUGAAGAGGGGAGAAGUGAUCUUCCUGCUGCGACGAGUUAAUGCCGACUGGCUGGAAGGAACAGUUAACAAUCAGACGGGUAUUUUUCCAGAGUCCUAUGUAAAGAUUAUUAAAGCCCUCCCAGAGAGUGACUCCGAGAGUAACGGUGGAGGUCACACAUACAGCUGCCUCCGCUGCUUCCUGCUCACGCCCUCUGGAGUAGAGACCAGAGACGUUUGUGUGCAAGAAGACCUGAGCAUCCAACCAACAUAUAACGAACUGCUGUCUCGCAUGAGGAACGUCUUCAAGGUGGAGGACAUUGCCCUGAAUUACCGUGACCCCGAGGGUGACCUCAUCCGAAUUCUCGACAAUGAAGACGUCCAGCUGAUGAUCGAGGAGGGCAAGCGGCAGAAAGGCAAAGUCAAAAGACCUGUCAAUCAGUUUUCAUGGGAGCUGCAUGUGACCAAGGCUUUCGACUUGUCAGUUUACAACUUUGAGGCCUGAAAGAGGAGAACCCCAGAUGAAAAGAUCCAACAAAUCUCUUUCCUUCAUCGGUUUUCAUUAUCAUUGGAUAUUGCUGCUCAUGAUGUUUCUCUUUGACGUGUGUCCCUUUUUUACAAAUGGCUCAUACAUUUCACAUUUUAAUAAACUAAGUAAACAUAA